AUGGACCUGCACUUUACCACGGCUACAGGCACUUCUCCUCCUCAUACCGAGCCUUUUUUCGCACACAAAACCGCCUCUACCCAAACCGGAACACCACCUGUUCAAUUCUCUCCACCAAAGACCCCACCUCCAACCGAGGAGGAGCUCAAACAAAAGCCCAAGACUACUGCACGCCUUGUCUCAACAGGCGAUUUUGAACCAGAGCAGCAUUUUUAUCCACGAGUCCUCAAUGCUCAAAUCCAUCCUCUUGUUCAAUCCUUUUUGACUCUUGGCAACGAGCGUAUUAUUGCACGCUACACUCAUUUGAAUCCAUCGGUCAAGGCUGAAACGCUACGCGAUAUUUUAUCUUAUAGCCCGCGCUAUUUUCAAUGGGCAGGCUCUGAUCUGUUUAAUGUCACGACCGCCACAGGACAACGGCAAAUGAUUGUCAUUGAAACCAAUUCAUGUCCCAGUGGCCAAAAAUCAAUGCCAAUUUUAUCAGAGACGGAAGAAAACAAUGAACACGGUGGCUAUCGUGUGGUGAUCGAAAGCGCUUUCAAAAGUCAACUAUCCAAAGCCGAUCCCAGCUUAGGCGGCUUGGCAGUGAUCUACGACAAGAAUUUGAUGGAAUCCAGUGGCUAUGCUGCUGUGUUGGCGGAUGUAGCAAAAGAAGACGUGUGGUUGGUGGAAUGGUACGACAAGGACACCGAUCCCAAUGUCAAAUGGCAGGAUGGCAUAUUGCACGUGAGAGACGACCAUCAAGUGUGGCACCCCAUACGUGCAUGCUUCCGAUAUUUGACACAAAAACCCUGGAAUCGGUUUCCACUCAAGACACGUACCAUUGUCAUGAAUCAAAUUAUCUCUUGUCUUGCAGGGGGUCGAAACAAAAUGAUGGCGGCAAGAGCAUACGAUUUCUACAACUCAGAGCUGGUGGAUACAGGUCUCUCGAUUCGCACGCCUGAGACCGUUAAUAACGUUACUUUGGGAGAAAUACCAUUGUGGAUUCAUUCUAUGGGUGGUCAUGCAGUGUUAAAGGUGCCUUAUAGUAAUGCAGGCCAAGGCGUUUAUACCAUCACCAACCAUGACGAGCUCUCCAAUUUCAUGAAUGAAAAGCAUUAUUACGAUAAGUUUAUUGUCCAAUCCUUAGUUGGUAAUGCAUCUUGGUCUAGUGUCACUCGGACUGGUAAAUUUUACCACGUUGGCACCAUACCCAACAAAAAGACCAACACCUUUGUUAGCGAUCUACGCAUGAUGAUAGCAGGCGAUGAAAAUGGAUUCCGACCUAUUUGUAUUUAUGGACGAAAAGCACGUCGGCCACUAACCGCUAAAUUGGGACCGCAUGAUGACACGUGGGAAAUGCUCGGCACCAACUUAUCCAUCAAGUUGCCAAAUGGGGAUUGGACUACGGAUACAUCAAGGCUUAUUCUUAUGGAUCGUCGUGAUUUCAACCAGCUUGGUAUUGGCAUCGACGAUCUCAUUGAUGCGUACAUCCAAACCGUAUUAGCCGUUAUUGCUAUUGACAAGAUGGCGGAUCGUUUAAUGGCUUCAGGACAAUUCGAUUAUCAACUCUUUCAAAGCCUAAAUCCCGAUGAUGCCCUUUUGCGUGAAAUCCAACAAGCCAACAUCGACAGCUUCCAAUAA